CCCCUCCCAAAACCUCUUCAUUCCAACACUGAAAUCCAAAAGCAAAAAGAAUGGCAACAAUAGCUGGUAGUGUGAGUCUUCCAAGUCCUAGCAGAGUAGUUGCGAAAGCAGGAUCAGAAAAGGUCCGGGCCGUGAGGUUCCCAGCGCUAUCAAGGCCCAUUGAGAAGUGGCCCGGUUUGGUUGGGAAGUUUAGGGCCCGGCCCGUUAUGGCAACGCCGGAAAAGAUAUCCUCAAAGGUGGAGGAGAGCAUAAAGAGCGCGGAGGAGGCGUGCGCGGGAGGCGCCGAUGCGGAAUGCGCGGCGGCGUGGGAUGAGGUGGAGGAGCUGAGCGCGGCGGCCAGCCACGCCAGGGACAAGCAGAAGCAGUCCGACCCUCUUGAAAACUACUGCAAGGACAACCCCGAGACCGACGAGUGCCGCACUUACGAUAACUAGUUUCACCUUUUCCAUUUUCCAUUUACAUGCUUCUCUUACCUUCUGUUACAUCACAUACCCUCUAUUAAUCAAUUUUUAUUUCUAAACUACAUACUCAA